AUGGAAGUUCGUUCGAUGAUGCAAGACGUUGAGAUGCAAGACGUGGAGAAUACAAUGCAGGCCACAAAUGGAGGACACAACGUUGCAAAGACUGGAACCAUCCAGAUAACUCCCUUCAGGAUCAUGGCGCGAGAAGACAUAGUUACAGCCAAGAGAUCGAGAAAAAGGGCUCGCUCCCCUAUAACGGUGGAUGACAACUUACUGGACUACAAUGGCCCGAAGACGCUGAAGGAUCUGAUGAUCGAAGCUCGCAUGCGUGCACUUGACGGGCUGGAAGUGAAUGCGAAUCGACAACUAACAGAUGAACCAGUACGACAGAAGGAACGUCGUGACGUCAUCGCACCAGGGCUACACGCCGUUGACCGGCUCAAGAGCUUGCCGGUCUCAUUCACAAUCAAUCUGUUUCCCGGAGGAUUCUCUAUCGAUGGGAUGACGGAAGCGCAUCCUUACGACCAACACUCAAGAGAUUUUUUGAAAUGCCUGGAUCUUGGUCGGCUGCCAGGAGACAUGAUCAUGGAUCGCUGCGGCGACUUUGAGUUCCAAUAUUUCGACGGAUGCCUGAUAGUAGAGAUCAAAGAUCAUCGCAUGCCCAAGCAAUAUGAUCUCAAGCCUCACGUGCAUCGCGUUGUGCUACAGCCAAGCAACCAGUCCGUCGCGAAUGACUUGAAGGUGAUCUGGCACCGGAACCAGGGUCUGUCACUCGACGACAUCUUGCAGCUGGAGCAGAACAUGCUUAUGGGGUCGGAAAAGUCCUCAGCCUCAUCUCUAGAAGCUUGCAACGCGUUCAUAGCUCAGGUUUGGCAUCCAAGAAAUGCGAGGCCCGAAUUCAGCAAAUUCCGGAGGACGUUUGACUUUGAGGCGAUGCGCAAGAUGCAUAACACUAUCUAUAAUUGGAAUCGUGAUCCUAACGCAACACAAAAACUAGGCAAUCUUCUGCUUAUUCGUGAGAAAUUGGCUAAGACCAGGGCGAUGCGGGUGUCCGGUAUCAGAGGAUUCCUUCAGCAGCAGCAUGAGUGGGAGGAGGCGGAGAAGAACGAGGCAACUGCAGGAGUCUCUGCGAUCCUCAAAUUGUUCAGCUCGAACGGAGGCCAACAGCAAUCAGGCGCUUCAGGCACGUUGGGCAGCCCUCCACCACUGGCCACACCGAAGAUGGGAUUGAACUCGCCAGGGCCGAUGAACCGGGCCCUUCUCGUUCGGGAAUCGAUGGUCCCUGGGGCUCCCGCAGAGCGGCAGAUGAGGUUCAAGAAAGACCUACAAGUCUCUUCCAUCUGGCUACAGGCAAAAGCCCCUUCCUCGUACUACGUGUACAUGCGGAUGGAGGAUGUCACCAAAGAAGGAAAGAUUGUCGAGGGCUCGCAAGCUCAGUUGCCGGCAAGUUACAUCGGAAACAGCCAGAGUGCUCGCAGGUUCGGAUCUCAACAGUACGACAUCAUGGUCCGCGAAGGUUGGCAGCCGCUCUCAGACUCCCACAUUGGCAAGAAAAGGGAGGCAAACAGCCCAAGCUCCUCGAGCAUCCCACCGCCUUCUACUGCUGCCACCGUGAAGUUUCUUCAUCCCGUUCCCUUCCUCUCACUCCACAACCACCAGGGACAGAACGGAAGCACGUCAGCCCCUCCCUCUCAAGUCUUGAGCACCAACCCGAGCCCUCCUGCACAGCACGCCAAGGUUAUAGGAAGCAGCCCAACCCCGAGCGCUCACCCGGCGGCGAGCUACCCGCCUGGUGUACCAGUGCGCCCUAUGACUGCUGCCAACUCGCGUCCAGCUGGCAAGGCAGGGGUUCAGCCACACACUCUGCCCGGGGGAGUUUCAAGCAUGUACACAGGAGCCACUCAGGCUCGCCCCUAUACAGCUCCUGGUGGCCAGCGCAACAUCCCGACUUCAGCAGUGCCGCAUGUUCAACCAGGUCACGCCUACCAGUCGGGAGUUGUUCGUCCAGCGGGAACUCCAGUGUCCUCUGCUGCCGCUGCCGCUGCCGCUGCUGCCUCAAUGAUGCAUCGCCCGGGAGCAGGGGUGGUGGGGGGGGUGGGGAGCUACGCAGGAAUGGCGUGCCAGCCUCCUCAGAUGAAACAGAGCGGGAUGCCCGGUCCGAAGGAUCCCCCGAAGAAAUGA